ACGAAAAACAAUGGUGAUAAUUUCAAUAUAAAUUAAUUUGGAGAUGUUUAUAAUUACAAUAAAAAAAUGGAAUGACUCACUGCUUAUUAAUAACACAAAAAAUAUAUCAUUUGAAUGAUUCUGUAACAUAGUUUAUUCACUCAUAAAAUUUCAUACGUAUUGAAAAUUUAAAAAAUGUGUUUCUAGUGAAGUAAACGAUAACAAAAGUUUGAAAGACACAAGGACAAUUUGAAUGCGACUACUUAUUACAGCAAACUCAAGUCGAAUGACGACACAUGUGAUCAUAAAUAUACAUUCAAUAGAAGUUCAUGUUCGUUUUUUAAAUUAUCACCACUAGGGCGCGGUAUUUUUAUUGCGCAUGUGCUAUAAAACAAUCCGGAAUUGCCCACUUGUUUGCAGCCCAAGAGGUACACAGCUACUAAAAAUGUGUCAGCAGUAAUACAACAUUUGAGUUCAAUGCACUGAAAGAAAUAAAUGGGAGUUGCAGACACCGAGAAAGAACUCGCUGAAAGUACGGGAAGGAUCCGCCGUCCCGUCUACAAUCCAUCGUCAGCAGAUUCAUCUUGUGAGAAAGACGAGCAGAUAGACCUGUUACUUUCGGCCAAAAAAAAAAGAAAAAACUCGCAGAUUAACGAAAACAAGGUCAAGAAGUUAAUGAGUGAAGAUAUAAUGAAAACUUACCAAUUACAACGGGAAAAAGAAUUUCAAGAAAUAAGUAUUAUUCCACCUGAAAGCUCGGCAAGUGAUGAUAAUAAUAAUAUUGGUGACAAGACAGCAACAAAUGAGACACAGCAUCUGGAUGAGUCUACACUCUCGAUUACACACCGAGCCAUCCCAACAAUUCAAACGAAUCAGGAAUUUCAUGGCGACAAGGAAACUGAAAUGCUGGCGCAAUUAUUGCAAAAAAAUAGAGAACAAGCUGAAAAGAUUAAACGACUAAGUCAACAACUUGAACGGAACGUACAACGCGAUAUUUACCAGCAACAGCAAGAAGAAGAAGAAGAACAACAACAACGACGACAACAACAACUCCAACUACAAGAAGAAGAACGACGACGACAACAACAACAACAAGACGAAGAAGAUCGACAACAACAACAGCUCCAGCAACAAGACGAAGAAAAACGACAACGACAACUCCAGCAACAAGACGAAGAAGAACGACAACGACAACUCCAGCAACAAGACGAAGAAGAACGACAACGACAACUCCAGCAACAAAACGAAGAAGAACAACAAUCACAACAACAACAACCACAACCACAACAAUUGCGUCAUGAAGAUGAUAUUCGUCGGAUUGUUGAACCCAUCCAUGUAGGAGGUGGUUUUUAUGUGCCCAGUUUAUCUUAUCGUGAAGCGUUUAAUAGUUACGUCCCGUCGAAAUUUGUGAAAAUCAUGUCGCAUGGAAUAUGGGGUGUUGAAAAACUCGCAACCAAAGUUGUUCGUAAACAAAAAAAUACAGGGGAUAAAAAGGAGUUAACACCUGAGAAGAAAGUCGUAAUUUUAUAUCACUAUGAAAGAUUUAAAAAAAAAAGAAACCUUUCCAAAGAUCUAUAUGACGUUGAAGUAGGCAAGCUGAACAAGUAUCUUGGAACCGCAAUAACGAGUGCUCGAAAAAAUUCAAAUAAAGAUAGACCUUAGAGAAUGAACAAUUAAUUUUACAAUACACGUAACCAUCUUGAAGUUCCAGCUAAACAAAAUUGAUCUCAUUUCCUACUAGAGUGAUUUUUCCAUAGCAAUAAUUUAUUUAUUUAUUGAUUUGAAGACUAUCAGAAAGUAAAUUUGAAAUUUUCUAGAUAAUUUUUAUGUAUUAUUAAUAUUUAAUAGAUUUAAUAAAAAAUAUAGUAAAAAAAAAAGAUAAAUAUAAUUGUAUGGU